AUGGACGUGGUUUCCCCGGAGCUCAACAGCCUCCUUCGAGAGAUCAUGGACACGGAGGCCAUCGAGGACGUCCCUCACUCCCAGCCUGACGGCGGCGGCGGCGGCGACGCCUCGGUCCCCAUGGAAACGGACACGCCCACAGACUCUCUGCGCCUGUGUUCCGGGGACGGCGCCCCGGGACAGACUCUGACGGCGCCGGCGGAGUCGGCGCUCAGCCUCAGCCCCGGCAGGCAGCUGUCCAUCUCCAUCUCCGGCACGCCGUCGCCCCUCCUCACCCUCAAGCCCGCCCUGGCCACGUCCACCGCCACCACCAGGACCACGGACAGCGUGACCGGCACCAGCAUCACCACCAGCGGGCUGCAGAAGCUCACGGCGCCCUUCACCAUCUCCGCCGCCAACCACCAGAUCAUCCUCAACAAGGUGGCUCAGGCCACCGAGGCGGCCAAGGCGGCCGGCGCGGCGCCGCAGGUCCUGAAGCAGGACGGACAGAAGCUGCUGGUCACGACCAUCGGGAAGCCGGGCCAGCCCAUCGUGCUGCAGCUGCCGCACGCCGGCGCCAAGCCCGGCGGCGCCAAGCCCGGCGGCGCCCAGGCCCCGGGGGAGCCCAAGUCUCCCACGCCGCAGUUCAAGGUGGUCACCAUCGGAGGGCGGGCCGAGCAGAAGCCCGCGGUGAGCGGCGCCGCCAACCAGCUGCCCACGUUACAGGCCCAGCAGCUCAAGACCGUACAGAUCGCCAAGAAAAACCCGACUUUCUCCGCCGCUCCGAUCAAGUUGAUCAUCGCUAAAACGGUGAACAGUAAAGGUCUGAGUCCUCAGACGUCGGUCCCUUCGGUCAUCACAGGCCGGGUCCUGACCCAGACGUCCCCGGUGGUCCCCCCCAGGACCAUCACCCUGUCUGAGCCCCACAGCACCAGCCUGCAGAGCCUCCCGGGCAAGAAGAUCGCCAUCUCCCCGCUCAAGAGCCCCAGCAAGGUGACGGUGGUCUCGGUGGCCUCGCCCACCUCCAACGCCUCCCAGAAGUCGGUGACUCUGCCGGUGAACGUGGCGCUGGGCCAGCAGAUCCUCACGGUCCAGCAGUCCGCCUCCGGCUCUCCGGUGAAGGUCCAGACCAGCCAGACGUCGGCGCAGGCUGUCAAACCGGGGCAGUCGGUGGCGGUGGGCAGCGUCGGGGGGUCCCAGUUCAAGGCCAUCAUCCCCCUGGCCGCUCAGCCCAACGUGCAGCAGAUCCAGGUCCCGGGAAGCAGGUUCCACUACGUGAGGCUGGUCACGGCGAGCACCGCCAGCAGCACGGGGGGAACCGGCGGAACGGGGGGGGCCGCCGGAACCAGCGGAGCCAGCACCAGCUCCAAGCCCAUGGUGGUGAGCGCAGGACCGGUCCGGAUGUCGGUCCCCAUCGUCCCGGCGCAGACCGUCAAGCAGGUGGCGCCCAAGCCGCUGGGUUCUGCGCCGCAGGUGGUGAGCGCCGCGCAGACCCAGCAGCGCCUCAUCAUGCCGGCGACGCCGCUGCCGCAGAUCCAGCCCAACUUCGCCAACCUGCCGCCGGGCACCGUGCUGGCGCCGGCGCCCGGGACGGGGAAUGUGGGCUACGCCGUGGUGCCGGCGCAGUACGUCACGCAGCUCCAACAGUCUCCGUUCGUCACGCUCGCCAGCAGCUCCGGUUUCCCGGCGGCCCCGGGGAUCCAGACCCAGGCCAGGCUGCCGGUCAACGGGCUCCCGGCUGCUGAAGCCUCAUCCAGACCCAGGAAACCCUGUAACUGCACCAAGUCUCAGUGUCUGAAGCUGUACUGCGACUGCUUCGCCAACGGAGAGUUCUGCAACAACUGCAACUGCAACAACUGCUUCAACAACCUGGAGCACGAGACGGAGCGCAUGAAGGCCAUCAAGACGUGUUUGGACAGAAAUCCUGAAGCUUUCAAACCGAAGAUCGGAAAAGGAAAAGAAGGCGAGUCGGACCGUCGGCACAGCAAGGGAUGCAACUGUAAACGAUCGGGCUGUCUGAAGAACUACUGCGAGUGCUACGAGGCGAAGAUCAUGUGCUCGUCCAUCUGUAAGUGUGUGGGCUGUAAGAACUUCGAGGAGAGUCCAGAGAGGAAGACCUUGAUGCAUCUGGCCGACGCCGCCGAGGUUCGAGUUCAGCAGCAGACGGCGGCGAAAACCAAGCUGUCGUCUCAAAUCUCCGACCUGCUGAUGAGGACCGCGCCCGUCGUGUCCAGCGGGGGGGGCAGGCUGCCGUACACCUUCGUGACGAAGGAGGUGCUGGAGGCCACGUGCGAGUGUCUGCUGGAGCAGGCCAAGCGGGCGGAGCAGGCGCAGCUCCCGGCGCCGGAGGCGGAGCGCCUCGUCCUGGAGGAGUUCGGACACUGCCUCAUGAGGAUCAUCAGCUCGGCGGCGAAGGCGAAGGCAGACUGCUCCUCCAUGAGCUGCUAGACCUGCUUCUCCUCCUGCUCCUCGUCCUCCAGAUAGCACUUGCUGGACUGAAGAUGAACCUUUUCCUUUGUUCUGACUUUUUUCCUCCUUUUUUCUUCUCUUUGUUGGGUUUCUAUCAUUUCUAUGUAACCUCAGUCCCUGCUUACCGUAGACAGGACGUGUAUCUUUUGAUAUUUAUUUUGUAAUGGUGGUGAGCGCUGGCGGGACCGGACCUGAGGACACGGAGCAGUCCGUCUGCCAUCGCCGCCGUCGAGUGGCGUUUCAUCGGUCGGCUGCUUCCUGUACAUCACGUUAUUGUUAAGCCCCUCCCCCUUCUCUGACCGAAGGACACGCCCACUCUCGCCGACAGCCUUCUGCUAGCUCUGACCUGGACCCUGUUCUCGUCUCCAGAGGUGGGGAUCCGCCCCCCCCCGGGCCCCCCCAGCCCCGAUCAGGUGAACGUGAGAUGAUGUUUUUCAGAUAAAUAGGUGACGUUCACAUCUUUCUUCUUUGAGAUUUCCUCAUUGUUAUUACUCAUGUUUUUCUGUCUCCGAAACAGAAUAUUUUAUUUUUAUUUCCAUGUUUCUAACUCCUGCGGUGAUGCCACCAGGUGUAAAAUAAAAAUAAUUAGUCUAUCAAUGACAUUUUUUGUUAAUUAGCUGCGAUUGAUCUCGUUUUUCGAUAAAUUUGUGAGAUCUUGUG